AUGACCUCCAGGGACGACUCCAAGUGUUCAGCGGUAUUGGAGGAGCCGAGGCGCAGUCCGCUGGACCAGCUGCCGCCGCCGGCCAACUCCAACAAGCCGCUGACCCCUUUCGGCAUCGAGGACAUCCUCAACAAGCCGUCGGUGAGAAAGAGCUACUUCUUGAGCGGCGCGGCGCACCAUGUCUCCCCCGGAGAGAAGCUGCCCUCGGCGGGCCACGGCCUGUCCGGCCGUGCGCUGCUCAGUCAGACCUCCCCGCUCUGCGCGCUGGAGGAGCUGGCCAGCAAAACCUUCAAGGGCCUUGAGGUCAGCGUGCUGCAGGCCGCCGAGGGCCGGGACGGCCUGACGGUCUUCGGCCAGAGGAACAACCCGAAGAAGCGGCGGAAGUCCCGCACGGCGUUCACCAACCACCAGAUCUACGAGCUGGAGAAGCGCUUCCUGUACCAGAAGUACCUGAGCCCGGCAGACCGGGACCAGAUCGCCCAGCAGCUCGGUCUGACCAACGCACAGGUCAUCACCUGGUUUCAGAACCGGCGGGCUAAGCUCAAGCGGGACCUGGAGGAGAUGAAGGCGGACGUGGAGUCCGCCAAGGUCACGGGCACCGUGGCACUCGAGAAGCUCUCCAAGCUGGCCGAGCUGGAGAGGUGCGCGGCCGGCGUUAUGGCCAGGGAGACCGUCUCCGAGCCCGGCCCGGUCUCCUCGCGGGCCCGGCACAACAACGCCGACGGCCUCGACUACAGCAGAGCGCGCAUGUCGCCUCCCUCACCCGCAUCGUCGUGGUGCACAGACCGGCUGAGCAGCAAGUGUUGCUCGGAGGAUGAAGAUGAGGAGAUUGACGUGGAUGACUAA